AUGGGGACGGAGGUUUUGUACUCACAAGAUUUGUUGGCCCAGCGCCUCCACAUCGCUCCGCCGCAUUUCCACCACCGGAGAAAUUUUUCCUCGCAGGCGAAUUUCUCCAAUUCGGUCGUCAAUCGGCGCUCGUGCAGCAACAACAACAGGAAGACGUUUCCCCAAUCCGACAAGAGAAAAUCUAACGAAGCAAAAGGAGCGCGGAAGGAAGGCGGCGGGGUGAGGAUUAUGCGGAGGGGCCAAUCGCUGAGCUGCAUUUCUGCCAAAUUGAGCGGCGGCGAUGCGAGAUCUGUUUCUCCGCCGGCGGCAGAUGAUAUGACGGUGGGACGGAUGAGGCCGGAAAGGAUGCCGCUGCCGCUUCUCGAAGUUUAUGCCGGAUCUGCGUUUUCGCUGUCGCCAUCUCCUCGAUCUCUACCUUUACCUUCUUUUUUCAACAAGAAUCUCAAUCCUUCCGAUGAUCCAGCCACCAGGGAUCUGCGCCGAUUGCUUCGUCUUGAUUGA